GUCGGAACAGAUUGGGCCUUUCUACAUUUUAAUAAUCUAAUAGCAAAGAGUAUGUCUGUAAUUUAACACUAAUGGAGGACAUUUCUCCUAAGAUCCAGUGAUAUUUAUAUAUAAGUUUGCUGCCACAGAAAUUAGGGUUUCUACUCUGCUCGCCCCUAAAGCUCUCACCCACUUAAGAGGCGGUGCAUUUUGAUAACAACAAUGGAGAGGAAGGCCAGGAAAGAGGAGGUCGUUACUAGGGAGUACACCAUCAAUCUUCAUAAACGCCUUCAUGGAUGCACUUUUAAGAAGAAGGCUCCGAAGGCCAUUAAGGAAAUCAGGAAGUUUGCCCAGAAGGCCAUGGGGACUACUGACGUUAGGGUUGACGUGAAGCUUAACAAACACAUUUGGAGCCGUGGGAUUCGUAGUGUGCCAAGAAGAAUCCGUGUUCGCAUUGCCCGGAAGAGGAAUGAUGAUGAGGAUGCAAAGGAGGAGCUUUACUCUUUGGUGACUGUUGCUGAAAUUCCAGAUGGAGGGCUCAAGGGCUUGGGCACCAAAUUUAUCGAUGAGGAUGACGAUUGAUCUGUUUUCCUUGUUCUGUUUUAUGAUAUUUCUGAACUCAAUUUUGCUGUACCUCAGGAUUUAUAUUCGUCGUUUUAAAGGGUUCGUGGUGAUGCUUCUUGUUUGGCUUCUAGCAUUCAACUUUGGGUGUUUAUGACAUUAUCUCUCUUUUUAGUUGUAGUCAUUCACAUGUAAAAGUUGAGACUCCAAAAACAAGUUUCUCAUGAACCACCAUAGUGAUGUCUAAUAUGCUCAAAUGCUUCAAGUCUUUUCAUCCUCAUACAAGUUAUAUCACAAGCAAUUACGAUGUGUUAUAGUUUUUUCAUUCUCAUACAAAUGAACUCAAAUGCAGUGAUGAUGUGUUGUGCUCUUCAUCCGCAUACAAAGUGAUCACAAUUGACAAGUGUUUUUGCAGUCUUUUCAUUCUC